GAUCUAACAGGAGUGUGAGCCUAUUCCAGGCUGACUUAGAUACUCAUGAUCGCUGUUGAUCUAGUUGUAUGAAGUCAGUGACUGAAUAAGGAAAGUAAAGUAUUUUUUAUGCUAGGAACUCGUCAUCAGUGUCCUAGAUGCAGCAUUCGCAGCUUAGAAACAAUGAGAUCAACUGCCUUCCAACUGUAUGCAGCUGUUUCAAUCUUUCUGGCUAUGGCGCCGCUAGUGAUGGCAAUUGGUAUUGACAUUUAUUGUCCAAAGUCAUAUGUUGAUGGGAAAAAACUAUUUGUCUGCAAGAUCAAUAGAACAGCAAUCCAGAAUGCCAAUUGCUUGUCAGUUGAGAAGCUUGUCAAAUUUAACUUCAAUUUUAAAUUCAGUUUUCGUUCUGCGCUGCUGUGUCAAAUUGAGUAUGACAGUCCAGAUAUAUGUAGCUCAAAGUCUGACCUAGAUAUGUGCUGGUGUGAAGUGUCUGGAGACAUCUUUACCUAUAAACUUCUUCUCCCAAACACUACUUUGGAUGGUUCAGAUGACAAUAAUAAUGGUGAAAUGGAAUGCGAAGUUUGCAUGUAUCCAAUGAGCAAGCUGAACAGAACUUCUAGUAGUGGUUGCACAAAUGCAUUUAAAGCAUGGCCAAUAGUCGUGGGCAACUCAGGGGCACCUUUUGCUUAUGGAAUAAUAAUACUUCUUAUUCCAAUAGUGUCUUACACCAUCCUUGUUAAGUGAUGAUCUUGAGCAAAUCGUGUAAUUUCCUUGUUGUGCGGAUCAUAACAAAUGAGAAGACUAGAACAUCAUCUGUCAUCUUCAAGAGGACUUGGAAAAAAUCAGUUAAAAUCUGCACUGAUUUUAUUAUUUUGAUUAUUCUGUGACAAUUAAUUCUUCUAAGAUGAUAAUUAAUAUGAUAAUGUUUAUAUGUAAAUUAGGAAAUAUACUAAAGCAUUAUUCCAUACAUUUACCUAGAAACACAUAGCAACUCUGUACAAUGAGCACUACCUAUAUAUUUUUAUACUCUCAGGUUGAUGAGAUUAUAGGAUAAUUGGUUUUUUAGAGGCACCUGAAAAGAAUUUAUAAGUUUUGAUCUAAUAAGUUUGGGUUAAGUUAUACAAGCGUUUUUUUUU